AUGAGCUCGCUCGGCAUGCGGAGCCUAGCUCCCGCAUCCAAGGUUUCCCGUGUCUUGAGGGAUCAGAGACGUCUCUUCUCGUCGUCCCGGCCAGCUGCCCGCAUCUUCGCCAACCAGCCGCUGCGCGCCAAGGAGGUCAAUGGUUACAUCUCCGAGAAAUACCCCAUCAUUGACCACGAGUACGAUGCCGUCGUCGUCGGUGCUGGUGGUGCCGGUCUGCGUGCUGCCUUCGGGCUCGCGGAGGCUGGAUUCAACACUGCCUGUGUUUCGAAGCUGUUCCCCACGAGAAGCCACACGGUUGCUGCUCAGGGUGGUAUCAACGCCGCCCUUGGAAACAUGCACCCCGACGACUGGAGAUGGCACAUGUACGAUACCGUGAAGGGUUCCGAUUGGCUUGGUGACCAGGAUGCGAUUCACUACAUGACCCGGGAGGCACCCGCCAGUGUUCGUGAGCUCGAGGGCUACGGCUGCCCCUUCUCGCGUACCGAGGAUGGUCGCAUCUACCAGCGUGCUUUUGGUGGUCAGUCCAAGGACUUCGGCCAAGGUGGCCAGGCCUACCGCUGCUGUGCCGCCGCCGACCGUACCGGCCACGCCCUGCUGCACACCCUCUACGGCCAGUCUCUCCGCCACAACACCAACUACUUCAUCGAGUACUUCGCUCUUGAUCUGCUGAUGGAGGAUGGCGAGUGCCGCGGUAUCCUCGCUUACAACCAGGAGGACGGCACCCUGCAUCGUUUCAAGGCCCACCACACCGUCCUGGCCACCGGUGGCUACGGACGUGCCUACUUCAGCUGUACCUCGGCCCACACUUGCACUGGUGAUGGUAUGGCUAUGGUCGCCCGUGCCGGCCUGCCCAACCAAGAUCUGGAGUUCGUCCAGUUCCACCCCACUGGUAUCUACGGUGCCGGCUGCCUGAUCACCGAGGGCUCCCGUGGUGAGGGUGGCUACCUGCUUAACUCCGAGGGUGAGCGUUUCAUGGAGCGGUACGCUCCUACCGCCAAGGAUCUGGCUUCGCGUGACGUUGUGUCUCGUUCUAUGACUUUGGAGAUCCGCGAGGGCCGUGGUGUCGGUCCCGAGAAGGACCACAUCUACCUGCAGCUCAGCCAUCUGCCCGCUGAACUUCUGCACGAGCGUCUGCCCGGUAUUUCCGAGACUGCCUCGAUUUUCGCCGGUGUCGAUGUCACCAAGCAGCCCAUCCCUGUCCUGCCUACCGUCCACUACAACAUGGGCGGUAUCCCCACCAAGUACACUGGUGAGGUUGUGACCGUGGAUGAGGCGGGCAAGGAUAAGGUCGUGCCUGGCCUGUUCGCUUGCGGUGAGGCUGCCUGUGUGUCUGUGCACGGUGCCAACCGUCUGGGUGCCAACUCCCUGCUUGAUCUGAUUGUCUUCGGCCGUGCUGUGUCGCACCGCGUCCGCGAUAUCUCGACGCCCGGCAAGCCCCACAAGGAGCUGUCCUCCGACGCGGGUGCCCAGUCGAUCAAGGACCUCGACUUCGCUCGCAAUGCCGACGGCCCCAAGUCGACCUUUGAGAUCCGGAAUGCCAUGCAGAAGACCAUGCAGACGGACGUCAGCGUGUUCCGUACCCAGGAGAGCCUGGACGAGGGUGUCGAGAAGAUCACCGAGAUCGACCAGUGGUAUGACCAGGUUGGCACCAAGGACCGCAGCAUGAUCUGGAACUCGGAUCUGGUUGAGACUCUGGAGCUCCGCAACCUGUUGACUUGCGCUACCCAAACCGCCGUCGCUGCCGCCAACCGCAAGGAGUCCCGUGGUGCUCACGCCCGGGAGGAUUUCCCCGACCGUGAUGACGAGCAGUGGAUGAAGCACACCCUCACCUGGCAGAAGAAGGCCCACGGCAAGAUCGACCUGGACUACCGUGCCGUUGAGGGCAACACUAUGGAUGCCAACGAGUGCAAGCCGGUGCCUCCUUUCAAGCGUACCUACUAA